AUGGAAAAACAGGUAUCCUCGGUCGUCAAGUCAUGCCAUUUUCAAAUAAGCAAUAUUGGACGAAUACGGCGCUUUCUUACAAAAGAAGCCUGCAAGACCAUGGUGAAUGCCGUUAUCACUGCCAGGCUGGACUAUGGGAACUGCCUUCUAUAUGGAGUGUCAAAGGCCUUACUAGACCGGAUUCAAAAAGUCCAGAACACGGCAGCUCGUUUAGUUACAAGAUCAUCGAAACGGGAGCAUAUUACACCUAUCCUAGCUGAUCUUCAUUGGCUACCUGUUUCUUUUCGUCCACAAUAUAAAAUCUUGACAUAUGUCUACCAAUCCUUACACGGGUUGGCUCCAUCGUAUAUCAAAGAUCUUAUAAUGGAAUACAAGCCUACCAGAUCACUGCGAUCUGAGUCAACAUCACGGUUAGUUGAUCCUAAGAUUACGACGAAGACAUAUGGUGAACGUCGACUUGGUUGGGCAGCAGCAUUUUUGUGGAACGACCUUCCUAAUGAUAUAAAGCAGGCCCAGUCCCUGGAUAUUUUCAAAAGACAAUUAAAGACGCAUUUUCAUAGAAUAGAUUUUUAA